AUGAAAAUGGUAACACCAUAUCCGAAACAGACGGCUGACACGUGUACAUCUCUUUACAAUUCAUCAUCUAUUGCAAUCAAUGAUUCGUAUUGUCCUGCACUCUUCGAUCGGAUCGCAUGUUGGCCACCGACAGAGCCAGGUUUUCUUCAGAAGAUUCCUUGUCCCAGUAGUGUUUUUCCCAAUGCUAGUUCCGACGCAUAUGCAACACGUUUGUGCACAAAUGAAUCGCGAUGGGAGGAGAAAAGUUACUAUGGUUUUUGCAUUGGUUGCUCGCCAGCUGAGUUAACCAAUUCGAAUGCAACAAACGCUUUUUCAUUACCUCCAACGUACGUAAUCAUACGUCGGUAUUUUGUUGUUUGUGCAAAUGGUCUUUCAAUAGUUUUACUCGCUUGCGGAAUCCUCAUUCUACUUGGCAACAGUCGCCUUCGACGAUGUUCUCGAAAUAUUCUGCAUGUGAAUAUCUUUCUUGUUUUCCUCAUUCGAUCUAUCAUUCAAAUCAUUGCCGAACUGCGAAUGAGUCGCGGAUACUUCGACCAUAAUGUGUUCUAUCGAACAGAUGCAUGCAAUCGAACGUCAAUAUAUUUCAAAGAAGAUCAACUGCUGGAUUGUAAACUAUUUACUAUUUUGAUGAACUAUAUCAAUACGAGCGUUUCACAUUGGUUCGUUUUCUGCGAAGCAUUGUAUCUCUUUCGUCUUCUACGCGCAAAAGCGUAUAAAGAUCGAGUUCGAUGGUACAUCUUAACUGGUUGGUUGGCACCGUUGAUUUUAACUAUCGUCACUUAUACAACACGAUAUAAAACAAAAACUAAUCUAGUCACUUGCUGGUUCGAGCCAUCAACAUACGAUUGGAUUCUUCAUGGGCCAAAUAUCAUUCUACAGAUUUUUAAUUUCAUCAUAUUCAUUUAUAUAUGCGUCUUACUUGCCCGAAAACUAAAUAAAACUUAUCGAACAGCUGCUUUUUCUGAUAAACGACGUUUUGCCAAAUAUAGUCGACUGACUCGUUCGACGUUGAUUCUGCUACCUGUUUUUGGUAUUCAUUAUUUCCUAUUUUCGUGGAAUACAAAGCCACUGUUAAUUCACAAUUUAAUUCUCAUCCAUCUAACUGUACAUACAGUUUCAUUAUCCUUACAAGGUUUAAUCGUCGCGUUGAUCUACACGUUGAUUAACUCGGAAGUGCAACGCGAAAUGUUUCGAAGUUUUGAUCGAUGUCUUGUUAGAAACAACACAGGCUGGCAAAAGCCACAAUUCUUUCGCAACUACAUGAGUAAAUUAGACAACGAACGCCUCUGUUCACUUGGCUAUGGUGUGCGUUCAACACCUGUUCAAUACCGACAGAAAUCGCAACUAGUCGGAACGGUACGAUAUUACCGUUGUACGAACCAACAUAAAUAUAGUUUAAGUAAUCCUAGUCGACAGGAUUCGUUCAGUACUGCAGCGGCUAUCGCUCAAGAACUAUCUCUAGUAAAUCCGACAUUGAAUCAUCGACAAUCACUAGUGAACGUACAGAAUAAUCCGAUUUGUUCUGUACAACAAGAGAAAUAA